CCAGAACCCCUCCCCGCCCCGCGCGGUGCGCCAUCCAACCUCAAGAACUGUUUAUGGAGUCGUCACCUCUGAUCAAGGCGCACGAUCACGCCCGAGCGGCGGCAAUUGCGACGCAAACGUCCGACACAACGGUCGCCAUCAACGAGCACGCCCAGGCUGCCGGCGAGUUUGCGAACGCCUCCAAGAUCACAAGCAGCCAUGAGGCUCUGCGGACGCUGAAGCUGCUAGAGCAGCACCACAAGCGGCUGUCCGAGCUGCUGAAGUUUCCUACGGCCCCGCCCCGCCAGGCCAGUUCCGACGAGAUGGCCGAGGAUGACGAGAAGGAUGACGAGAAGGAGGGACUGGCAGUGAACGAGUCCAAGACGCCGUCGCCGUCGCCGCGGAACGAGCCACCCCCCGCCAAGAAGACGUCUCCGGCGAAGCCUCCCCCCACCCUCUCCCACCAGCGAUACCCCGGCCGGAACCUUUCGUCCUCGAUCGCGAGCAAUCUGGCUUCCGCGCGAGGCAUCCGGGCGAGCUAUAGCACGAAACCGCUGACGCCGAGCGUGUCCAACGACCAGGCUCCGGGGAGUCUGGAAGUGCAUCCGCGCAGGGAGGGCUCCACGAGGAGCAGAACCACGGACCAGCCGGAGCAGGCGCACAAGCCCAGCUGGGUUCCUCCGGUUAUCCAAGAAGACGCCGUCAGCGAACCGCCCAAGAGCGAGUCGAGCAAGAGCGAGCCGAGCAAGCCAGCGCCAAGCGAGGAUGGCUUCUCGAGAUUCUACAGCACUUUUGGAAGCCUUAUCAACCGGCUCUCCGCACCCCUGGCAUUCGCCGGCCUGCCAUUGAUCUCCGAGGAGCCGGCACCCACGCCCGCCGCGCCUCCCUCUGAAGUGCCCCAGAAGAAGUCCCGACAAAGGCACUCCGCUUCGUCCGCCGAGCCUGACCUCUCCAAGAUCUACUCGCGCGCCACCCUGCGCUCCCUCGAACGCGACGGCCACGGCGCGACCGACUCCUCCUUUUACGUGGUGCCCACCAGCGGCCACACGGCCUCGUACGCGAGCAUACUGAACCACGACAGCAAGGAAAAGCGCCGCAUCGCGGCCUCGCUCCAUCACACC